UUGCUAUAUUCCCCGUUUGCCACCGAUUUUGGUGGUGGCCACGAAAUACAGUACCCCUCAUUUUUUCCCUCUCAUCACAGUCCCAGUAGUUGUCGAUUCUCCUGAUUCUCUCUCUCGAACUUCACUCCCUCCCUCUCCAGGAAAAGAUGAGCAAAGGACCAGGUCUUUUCUCCGAUAUCGGCAAGAAGGCCAAAGAUCUGUUGACCAAGGACUAUAUCUCCGAUCAGAAAUUGUCUGUUUCCACCUACAGCUACAGCGGAGUGGCCCUGACGUCAACUGCAGUGAAAAAAGGAGGGCUUUCAACCGGCGAUGUAGCAGCUCAGUACAAGUAUAAGAAUACUUUGUUUGAUGUCAAAGUUGAUACGGAAUCGAAUGUCUCAACCACUCUUACUGUCACAGACAUUGUCCCAUCGACAAAGACCAUUGCUUCUCUGAAAUAUCCUGAUUACAGCUCUGGCAAGGUCGAGAUCCACUACUUUCACCAACAUGCAACCUUAACUACUGCAGUUGGUCUGAAGCAAUCCCCAGCAGUAGAUCUCUCGGUCACCCUUGGUACGCCAACCUUUGCCUUGGGUGCUGAGGCAGGUUAUGAGACUGCUUCUGGUACGUUAACCAAGUAUACUGCUGGAAUCAGUGUGACAAAACCAGAGUCUUCUGCUUCAAUAAUUUUGGGAGACAAAGGGGACACGAUAAAGGCAUCAUAUGUACACCAUCUAGACCAAUUGAAGAGGAGCGCUGCUGUUGCAGAGAUUACGAGAAGGUUCUCCACUAAUGAGAACACAUUUACUGUUGGAGGAUCUUAUGCUGUUGAUGCCCUUACAAUCGUGAAGAUGAGGCUUAACAAUCAUGGGAGUCUAGGCACCCUCUUGCAGCAUGAAGUCAUACCAAAAUCAGUCCUCACCAUCUCUAGUGAAUUUGACACCAAGGCCCUGGACAAAACUCCUAGGUUUGGAGUGGCCCUAGCUCUCAAGCCUUAAUAGCAUUUCCGGAUGCCAGCUGCAAUUCUACGUUAGAACAUCUCAUUUUCUUAUCUUCAGGUAGCGCUUGAAUCUAGCGCCAAAUAAUCAGUUCCACAUAUAUUUCCUUCCUAGUUUUUAUAUACCAUUGGUGGUUUUGCACUGAUACCUGGGGUAUUUUUGUGUUCUUUUCCUAGGUUUUUGAUUUGUUACUCUCAAUUUUUCGUGUGACCCUGGGCAUUUUGAGAUCUGAACAAUCUUAUUGGUUUUGUGGAGGAGCCCUAUGGGAGUGAUGCAUUUUAUUUGUGCUUUAGUUUAGUUAUUCCAUUGCCUAUAAUUCUUUUGGAGGUCUCUUGCAAUUUGUGGUGUAUUUUUCAAGAUUUUAGAAAUUGCUGCAGCUUGUGGCCCUCUUACCAGAUGCUGCAGGUUAUGUUUAUUGUUGCUGCUGAAAGAAUAAGCAAUUUGGCCACGUUUUUGGCAAA